AGUGCAUGGCCGCUAACCGGCAUCAGUCUUGAAAGAAAAAUUGUGCAAAUAACACCCAAGAAUUCCAAACGGGAGAAAGUUAAAAGUAUUUUAAUUUUCUGAAUAAAGAAAAGUCUGAAAAACAAUUAUAAGUGUGUGGUUGAUUAAUUUCAAUUGCAAAAAGAAAAAUAAUUUAAAAAGUAUUUAUUUUUGUGAAAUUAAUAUAAAACAAACACAUCAAGAUGCCUGAAGAAGUUGAAACUUUUGCUUUCCAAGCUGAAAUCGCUCAGCUUAUGUCACUGAUCAUUAACACCUUCUAUUCCAACAAAGAAAUUUUCUUGCGUGAAUUGAUCUCCAACGCUUCUGAUGCUUUGGAUAAAAUUCGUUAUGAAUCAUUGACAGAUCCCUCCAAAUUGGACUCUGGCAAAGAUCUCUACAUUAAAUUGAUCCCCAACAAAGAAGCCGGUACAUUGACCCUCAUCGAUACUGGUAUUGGUAUGACUAAAUCUGAUUUGGUCAACAACUUGGGUACCAUUGCCAAAUCUGGCACUAAGGCUUUCAUGGAAGCGUUGCAGGCCGGCGCUGAUAUCUCUAUGAUUGGUCAAUUUGGUGUAGGUUUCUACUCUGCUUACUUGGUUGCCGAUAAGGUUACCGUUACCUCCAAACACAACGAUGAUGAACAAUACAUUUGGGAAUCAUCCGCUGGUGGUUCAUUCACUGUCAAACCCGACAAUUCUGAACCUUUGGGUCGCGGUACCAAGAUUGUUUUGUACAUUAAGGAAGAUCAGACUGACUACUUGGAAGAGUCCAAGAUCAAGGAGAUUGUCAACAAGCACUCUCAAUUCAUUGGCUACCCUAUUAAAUUGUUGGUCCAAAAGGAACGCGACCAAGAGGUCAGUGACGACGAGGCCGAAGAUGACAAGAAGGAUGAAGAAAAGAAGGAUAUGGAUACCGAUGAGCCCAAGAUCGAAGAUGUUGGUGAAGAUGAAGAUGCCGACAAGAAAGAUAAGGAUGGCAAAAAGAAGAAGACCAUCAAGGUUGCCUAUACCGAGGAUGAGGAAUUGAACAAGACCAAGCCCAUCUGGACCCGCAAUCCCGAUGAUAUUUCCCAAGCCGAAUACGGUGAAUUCUACAAAUCCCUCACCAACGAUUGGGAAGAUCAUUUGGCUGUCAAGCACUUCUCCGUUGAAGGUCAACUUGAAUUCCGUGCCCUUCUCUUCAUUCCUCGUCGCACCCCAUUCGAUCUCUUCGAAAACCAAAAGAAACGCAACAACAUCAAGUUGUACGUCCGUCGUGUAUUCAUCAUGGACAACUGCGAGGAUCUCAUUCCCGAAUACUUGAACUUCAUGAAGGGUGUUGUCGACUCUGAAGAUUUGCCCUUGAACAUUUCUCGUGAAAUGUUGCAACAAAACAAAGUCUUGAAGGUCAUCCGCAAGAAUUUGGUCAAGAAGACCAUGGAAUUGAUUGAAGAACUCACCGAAGACAAGGAAAUGUACAAGAAGUUCUACGAUCAAUUCAGCAAGAACUUGAAAUUGGGUGUCCACGAAGAUACUAACAACCGCGCCAAAUUGGCCGAUUUCUUGCGUUUCCACACCUCUGCUUCUGGUGACGAUGCCUGCUCCUUGGCCGACUACGUAUCUCGCAUGAAGGAGAACCAAAAACACAUCUACUUCAUCACUGGUGAAUCCAAGGAACAAGUUGCCAACUCUGCCUUCGUUGAACGUGUCAAGGCUCGUGGCUUCGAAGUCGUUUACAUGACUGAACCCAUCGAUGAAUACGUCAUCCAACACUUGAAGGAAUACAAGGGCAAACAAUUGGUUUCAGUUACCAAGGAAGGUUUGGAAUUGCCUGAAAACGAGGAAGAAAAGAAGAAGUUCGAAGAAGAUAAGGCCAAAUUCGAAAACCUCUGCAAGUUGAUGAAAUCCAUCUUGGACAGCAAAGUUGACAAGGUUGUUGUAUCAAACCGCUUGGUUGAAUCACCCUGCUGUAUCGUCACCUCCCAAUUCGGUUGGUCCGCCAAUAUGGAACGUAUCAUGAAAGCUCAAGCUUUACGUGACACCUCCACCAUGGGCUACAUGGCUGGUAAGAAACAUUUGGAAAUCAAUCCCGACCACGCCAUCAUUGAGACUUUGCGCCAAAAGGCCGACGCCGACAAGAACGACAAGGCUGUCAAGGAUUUGGUUAUCUUGUUGUUCGAGACCUCUCUCUUGUCAUCUGGCUUCUCAUUGCAAAGCCCUCAAACUCACGCUUGCCGCAUCUACCGCAUGAUCAAACUCGGUCUCGGCAUUGAUGAAGAUGAGCCCAUGACCACCGAAGAUGCCCAAAGUGCCGGUGACGCUCCCCCAUUGGUCGAUGAUACCGAAGAUGCUUCUCACAUGGAAGAAGUCGAUUAAACGCUUAAUAAUGCAACAACUACAUUUAGUGUUAUAAGUAGUUUUUAAGUUAACACAAACAAAAACAAACACACCUACACUAUCAUUACCACCCCACCUCUGGAAGAGCAAGCACUAGUGGUGUUGGGGGGAUGUUUAACUUAACAACAAACAAGUGUUUGCCGCGUUCUAAGCGGUAAACAUCACUCAUCAUCAUCAACUCAUUAAAUCUAAAUUACGUUUUAUAAUUUUAUUGUCGUAAGAAGCAGUUGUAAGGUUUAAUUUAAAGCAGAAAUUCCAAGCCUCCAGUCAUAGCUUAACUUUUUUAUAUUUAAUUUUCUUUUUUUAUUCCUCCCAUCGAUGAAUGUUUAGUUUUUAAAUGGUUACAUUUACAUUAUAUUCUAAUUUGAUAAUUGUAAUUGUGUGAAGUGUUCCAUUUUUAUGCUCUACGUUAUAAAUUAAUAUUUAAAACAUGAUGGACAAACUAUAUUGUUAAUUUUAUUAAUGAUGUAAUUUGUUGCUAAUGAAUUUAACUCAAAUUGAAAAAAAAAGAAAUUUAAUGUAAAAAUAAAAAAAUGUUUAAAAAACUUAAA